AUGACGAGACUCAACCAUUCCUCCCGUCAUCACCUUUAUCUUCCGCAACUAGCAGCCACACCGCCGCCGCCGCCAGCUCCUUGUUCGUACUCGUGGGAGGAGCAGGCGUUUGCAGAGGACGCGGCAGGAGGAGUGGGAGGGUGCAUAUGGCCGCCGCGGUCCUACUCGUGCAGCUUCUGCGGGCGCGAAUUCAGGUCCGCGCAGGCCCUCGGCGGUCACAUGAACGUCCACAGGCGGGAUCGAGCCAGGCUCAAACACUCUCCCAGUCCCACAACGGCUCCUCAUCCGCCAUCUUCGCUCGCUCGCCAACUCCAACUUGCGCCCGCCGCUUGUAGCCCUAACCCUAGCCCCGAUCCACCACUACGCUCUCCUAGGGUUUCCGCCGACACCAACAGCUGCUCCGACAAGUCCUUCUUCCCUUCAGCACCCCAAGUUGGUAUGGAGGAAGAAAUCUACACUAAGAGGAGGAGAUGUAGCAAUCCAAGAUCGGAUUUGUCGGCGGUGAGCUUGAAUUUGGUGUUUCGACGAGGCAGUCACCUCACGAAAGAGAAGGAAGAGGAUGAGAUGGUUGCGGCGUCCAUGGGUUUGGCGUCCAUGUUAAGUGGGCUGGCACGACGUCGUCAAGAGGUGGUGCUUGAAAUGAUGAAGACUAAUCCUCCUCCUGCUGCUCCAGGUGCUGCUUCUUGUUUGAGAGAGGAGUCGGAGUUGGAGUUGGAUCUGGAACUCCGCCUCGGCCUUGGAGAUCGGCCGCCUAAGGUAAACAGUAUUUAG